CCAAGCUACACCUUACAACACCGCGCACAGCACAUUCACCCGUUAUUCCUGCUGAUCCUCCCCACAUCUCGCCCGCGCGCGCCAUAUCAGCUGCGGAUCAACUGCCUCGUGUGUGCACCGCAAGGACUACUACUGGAAUCUAGUCCGUCGAUGAUCCCCGCCCCCCUGCCCCAUCCCCCCCCGGUCCAGCGGUCUCUCACUUCUCUGACUCGCAGAAUUCUUUCUCUUAUAUCCAUGUCGCCCUCCCUCCCCCACGCGCGCACGACCUCCGCCGCAAGAGUGACCAGAGUGACCAGAGUGACAAGAGUGCCCCGUGUGAAGAUAUUCAUCCGAGUAGGAAGACCUCUUGCCUCUCGAUCCUAGGAUCGCUCAACAACCUCCCCUUCUGCCGCGCGACCUUCUCGUCGCCGCACCUGUCGUCGACAUGAGUUCCAACUCCUCCUCGACAGACUCCACAACUACCUCCGGUUCCUCGGCGUCCGCCUUUCUUUCCACCUUCAUUCCCGUUGCUGUGCAAGCGGGCGCGUUCUUUAUCGUUUUCCUUCUAUUGCGAUCCAAGUUCAAGCGAGUCUAUCGUCCGCGGACAUUCCUGGGCACACUCCCAGAAUGGGCGAGGUCGAAGGAGCUCCCCGAUUCCAAGCUCGGGUGGUUCAAUGCGUUCAGGAAGGUCCCCGACGAAUAUCUGAUCGCACACCACUCGCUCGACGGAUAUCUUUAUCUGCGCUAUCUGAAGAUGCUCACAGUCAUCUGCUUCGGCGGAUGCUGCAUUACAUUCCCCAUUUUGUUUCCUGUUAAUGGAACAGGGGACGGGAAUGAGAAGCAAUUGGAUCUUUUGUCCUUCAGUAACAUCGGGAAGGACCAGAAGAACAGGUACUAUGCCCAUACCUUCGUGGCAUGGAUCUUCUUUUCUUUUGUGAUGUUUGUCAUCACACGAGAAACCAUUUUCUUGAUCAAUCUGCGUAACGCUUACCUCCUCUCUCCUUUUAAUGCCGAAAAGAUCUCCUCAAGGACAGUCUUAUUCACGGAUGUCCCUACCGAGUACCUGAACGUUGAAAAGCUGCAAGAACUCUUUGGCGCCGCAUUUCGAAGAGCAUGGCUUGCAACAGACUGCUCGGAACUCGACGACGACGUGGAAAACCGGGACAAGGCCGCGAUGAAACUGGAGGCUGCUGAGAUCAAGUUAUGCAAGAAAGCGAAUAAGCUGCGGAUCAAGGAGGAGAAGAAGGCCGCGAAAGAGAAGAAGAAAUCCGAGAAGAAGGCCAAGAAGGGAAGCGAAGAACCGGAGAAGAAAGCCUUGAGUGAGAAGAGAGAACCAUCCCAUGAAGAUACGGACAUUGAAGCGGCUCCGGUCGCAUCAAGAUAUCUCAUCCAGAAGGACCGUCCCACACACAGGCUUGGCAAGAUACCCUUGAUUGGGAAGAAGGUGGACACAAUUGAUUGGUCGCGAUCUGAGCUCAAGACACUCGUCCCGAAGAUUCAGGAAGAGCAAGCCAAGCAGCAAAAGGCCGACGGAACGCUUCUCCCUGCGGUCUUUAUUGAGUUCAAGACCCAGCAAGCUGCCCAAGCUGCCUACCGGAAGAUGACUCCCCGCAAGGCCCCACACAUGUAUCCCCGCGCCAUCUCUAGUACCCCCGACGAGAUUAUCUGGAAGAAUCUAAAGAUCAAGAAGUACGAGCGGACGGGCAGGAAGUUUGCAACCAACAGCUUCCUCACUGCUAUGAUCAUCUUCUGGGCUAUUCCAGUCGCGGUUGUCGGUGCAAUCAGUAACAUCAACUACCUGACUGACAAGGUUCAUUUCCUUCGAUUCAUCGAUCAUAUUCCCCCGGUCAUUCUUGGUGUUGUCACUGGUUUGCUUCCAUCCGUUCUCUUGUCUGUUCUGAUGUCAUUGGUGCCGGUUGUCUGUCGAUGGAUGGCAAAGCUCAGCGGCGAAGUGACGCUUCCAGCAGUUGAGCUGAAAGCUCAGCAUUGGUACAUGGCAUUCCAGGUGAUACAGGUUUUUGUGAUCACCACAUUCUCCUCCGGAGCAGCAUCAGUCGUGACUCAAAUCAUCAAGAAGCCGGGAUCGGCAACAACGCUCUUGGCUCAGAACCUACCCCAUGCUUCCAACUUCUACAUUUCGUAUAUUAUCGUGCAAGGCCUUGGUAUUGCCAGUGGGAACCUCCUGAACAUCGGGGGUCUCGUCAUGCUGAACUUCGUUGGUAAAUUCCUCGACGGAUCUCCAAGGAAGAUGUACAACCGAUAUACCGGGCUGGGUAGCUUGGGUUGGGGAGCGAUAUAUCCCCAGUUCGGAAACUUGGGUGUUAUUGCAAUCACAUACUCGAUCAUCGCCCCAUUGGUCAUGGGCUUUGCCACCGUAGGUUUCGCACUCAUCUACUUCGCAACACGCUACAACUCCUUCUACGUCCUUAGCAACAACAUCGACACUAAAGGAGCCGCCUAUGCGCGCGCAAUACAGCAACUCAUGACAGGUGUCUACCUCGCAGAAGUGUGUCUCAUCGGACUCUUCGCCAUCAACACCUCUCCUGGUCCCAUCGUGCUUAUGGCCGUCUUCCUCGGAAUAACUGCCGUUUACCACGCCAUCAUGCGCCAUGCCCUCAGGCCGCUGACUAGGUAUAUCCCCGAUAGCCUGGAUGGCGACGCAGUGUUCUCUACAGCCGACCAUCGUUCCUACGAUCUUUCUAAAGCGGGCGUGCCACCAAGUGAAGCUGUCCCUGUCACCUCAUCCAACAAGAUCGUCAACACAAAGGAAGCCCUCCUCUCUCGAUUCUUCUCCCCCCAGAAGUACAAAUCCUUCCAAACCGUCCAGGCGCUAGUACCGAGUUAUGGACCGCCCGAGUAUUUGGAAGAGGAGGAGCAGCUUGCUUACUACAACCCAUCGCUGACAAGCGAACCACCUGCGCUCUGGAUCGUGCGGGACGAGAUGGGGAUCUCCAGGCAAGAGUGUAAGGACUCCGGGGAGGUAAUCUCCAUCACGGACGAAUACGCGCGGUUCGAUGAGAAGAACAAAAUCGUAUGGGACAUGGAACUUCUAGACUCGGACCUGGACAAGGUCCCAGUUUACGAGAAGCAUAUUGAAUAUUAGACGUGCU